GAAUUAUGCAUCCUGCAGAGGCUGGAGCAAAGCUGUGACUCUGUUGGAGUCUGUGUUGGAGAAGGAAGAAGAGGACUGCCCUGUGGAAUUUCUGGCCGGCAGCCAGGCCCCCUGGAGAUAAAUCACCUAGGUAUCUCUGUGGUAGGAACUGAUCCUUUGGAGCAGGUGUCCCCCUCUCCAAAAUGGCUCACGCUGCUGCUUCCAUUAAAAAAGUUCGGGAGGCUGAAGUUGAUGAAAGGGAGAAGGAAAAGGAGAAAGAGAAGGAAAAGAAAAGGCAGAGGAGAAUCUCUAGAGAAAAUCGGAAACGCAAGUCUGACAGCAAUGCAAGCUUCCUCAGAGCUGCCCGAGCUGGCAAUCUGGACAAAGUUGUGGAAUACCUGAAGGGAGGAAUAGACAUCAAUACAUGUAAUCAGAAUGGACUCAAUGCUCUACACCUGGCUGCCAAAGAAGGCCAUAUGGGCUUGGUUCAGGAAUUGCUGGAAAGAGGCUCUGCAGUGGACUCUGCUACAAAGAAAGGCAAUACUGCACUACACAUUGCAUCCUUGGCUGGACAGGCUGAAGUCGUCAAAGUUCUGGUUAAGGAAAAAGCCAAUAUUAAUGCACAAUCUCAGAAUGGCUUCACUCCUUUAUACAUGGCAGCUCAAGAAAACCACAUUGAAGUGGUGAAGUAUCUUCUGGAAAAUGGAGCCAACCAGAGCACUGCUACUGAGGAUGGCUUCACUCCCCUAGCAGUUGCACUGCAGCAAGGGCACAAUCAGGCAGUAGCUAUCCUCCUGGAGAACGACACUAAGGGUAAAGUACGGUUGCCCGCACUGCACAUUGCUGCCAGGAAAGAUGAUACCAAAUCAGCUGCACUUCUGCUCCAGAAUGAUCACAAUGCUGAUGUUCAGUCCAAGAUGAUGGUGAAUAGGACAACUGAGAGUGGCUUCACGCCUUUGCACAUAGCAGCACACUAUGGAAAUGUUAAUGUGGCAACACUUCUACUCAACCGAGGAGCUGUUGUGGAUUUCACAGCAAGGAAUGGAAUCACCCCACUGCAUGUGGCUUCCAAAAGGGGCAACACAAACAUGGUGAAGCUCUUGUUGGAUCGUGGAGGGCAGAUCGAUGCCAAAACCAGGGAUGGUCUGACUCCACUGCAUUGUGCUGCCCGAAGUGGACAUGAUGAGGUUGUAGAGCUCCUCCUGGAACGAGGUGCCCCACUGCUUGCCAGAACAAAGAAUGGACUCUCUCCUCUUCACAUGGCUGCCCAAGGUGAUCACGUGGAGUGUGUCAAACACCUGCUCCAGCACAAAGCUCCUGUUGAUGAUGUCACGUUAGAUUACCUGACUGCUCUCCAUGUUGCUGCACACUGUGGCCACUAUCGUGUCACCAAACUCCUCCUGGACAAGAGAGCAAAUCCAAAUGCUCGUGCUUUGAAUGGUUUUACUCCACUGCACAUUGCUUGCAAGAAAAAUCGCAUUAAAGUCAUGGAACUACUUGUGAAAUACGGGGCUUCAAUCCAAGCUAUAACAGAGUCGGGCCUCACACCAAUACAUGUGGCUGCAUUUAUGGGCCAUUUGAACAUAGUUCUCCUUCUGCUGCAGAAUGGAGCCUCUCCAGAUGUCACUAACAUUCGGGGGGAGACUGCAUUGCACAUGGCAGCUCGAGCAGGACAAGUGGAAGUGGUCCGCUGCCUCCUAAGAAAUGGUGCUUUGGUUGAUGCCCGUGCAAGGGAGGAACAGACUCCGCUGCAUAUUGCCUCCCGCCUGGGUAAAACAGAAAUUGUACAGCUGCUGUUGCAACAUAUGGCCCACCCAGAUGCUGCCACAACUAAUGGAUAUACAGCACUGCACAUCUCUGCUCGAGAAGGUCAAGUGGAUGUAGCAUCUGUUCUCUUGGAGGCCGGUGCUGCACACUCUUUGGCUACCAAGAAGGGAUUCACACCACUGCAUGUGGCAGCUAAAUAUGGAAGCCUGGAUGUAGCAAAACUCCUGUUGCAGCGCCGUGCGUCUCCUGAUUCAGCUGGAAAGAAUGGCCUCACCCCUCUCCAUGUUGCUGCUCAUUAUGACAACCAGAAGGUGGCACUACUGUUGCUGGAGAAAGGUUCUUCUCCCCAUGCUACUGCCAAGAAUGGAUAUACUCCUCUGCACAUCGCUGCUAAGAAGAAUCAGAUGCAGAUAGCCACAACCCUGCUAGAUUACAGAGCAGAGACCAAUAUUCUGACCAAACAAGGAGUGACUCCACUUCACCUCGCCUCUCAGGAAGGUCAUGCAGACAUGGUGAACUUGCUUCUGCAAAAAGGAGCCAACAUUCAUGUGGCUACAAAGAGUGGACUUACAUCUUUACAUUUAGCAGCCCAAGAAGAUAAAGUGAAUGUAGCAGAUAUUCUGAUCAAGCAUGGAGCAAACAAAGAUGCUCAGACUAAGCUAGGUUACACUCCACUGAUAGUAGCUUGUCACUAUGGGAACAUCAAGAUGGUGAACUUUCUCCUAAAGCAGGGAGCUAAUGUCAAUGCUAAGACAAAGAAUGGGUACACUCCUCUGCACCAAGCUGCUCAGCAGGGUCAUACCCACAUCAUCAAUGUUCUUCUCCAACAUGGGGCCAAACCAAAUGCCAUCACUGCUAAUGGUAACACUGCCUUAGCGAUUGCUAGACGUCUGGGAUACAUCUCAGUGGUCGAUACGCUAAAGGUUGUUACUGAGGAAGUCAUUACCACCACAACGACUGUAACUGAGAAACACAAGCUCAAUGUACCUGAGACUAUGACUGAAGUUUUGGAUGUUUCUGAUGAGGAAGGUGAUGACACUAUGACAGGAGAUGGGGGCGAAUACCUUAGGCCAGAAGACCUGAAAGAACUAGGUGAUGACUCUUUGCCCAGCAGCCAGUUCUUAGAUGGUAUGAACUAUCUCAGAUACAGCCUGGAAGGAGGCCGAUCUGACAGCCUGCGAUCCUUCAGUUCAGACAGGUCCCAUACGCUGAGCCACACCUCCUACAUGAGGGACAGUACCAUGAUCGAUGACACAGUCAUCAUCCCCAGCCACCAGGUGUCCACACUUGCUAAAGAAGGUGAGAGAACUUCAUAUCGCUUAAGCUGGAGUCCUGACAAUCUGGACAAUGUUACUAUUUCUGCUAGCCCUAUUCAUUCUGGCUGCCUGUCUUCAAAAAAGGAGAUUGGAUCAUUGCUAACAAGCCGCUCCUCUCCAUGUUUUGACCAUGACAACAGCAGUUUCCUGGUCAGUUUCAUGGUGGAUGCUCGAGGUGGAGCUAUGCGGGGUUGCAGGCACAAUGGUCUUCGAAUCAUUAUUCCACCGCGGAAAUGCACUGCUCCAACACGAGUCACCUGCAGGCUGGUCAAGCGCCACAGACUGGCCACUAUGCCCCCCAUGGUGGAAGGAGAAGGUUUGGCUAGCCGUCUGAUUGAAGUGGGACCCUCUGGCGCUCAGUUCCUUGGUAAACUUCACCUGCCUACGGCUCCUCCCCCACUUAAUGAGGGAGAAAGUUUGGUCAGCCGAAUCCUUCAGCUGGGGCCUCCUGGGACCAAAUUUCUUGGGCCUGUGAUCGUUGAGAUCCCUCACUUUGCGGCUCUGCGUGGGAAAGAAAGGGAACUGGUGAUCCUGCGCAGUGAGAAUGGAGACAACUGGAAGGAACAUUUCUGUGAAUAUACAGAGGAUGAACUGAAUGAAAUCCUAAAUGGGAUGGAUGAAGUCCUUGACACUCCUGAAGAGUUGGAGAAGAAACGCAUUUGCCGUAUCAUCACUCGGGACUUCCCACAAUACUUUGCUGUAGUAUCCCGUAUCAAACAAGACAGUAACCUGAUUGGACCCGAGGGAGGUGUGCUAAGCAGUACAGUAGUGCCUCAAGUCCAGGCUGUCUUUCCAGAAGGAGCACUAACAAAGCGCAUUCGUGUUGGUCUGCAGGCUCAACCUAUGCACAAUGAACUUAUAAGGAAGAUUUUAGGCAACAAAGCUACAUUCAGCCCUAUAGUUACAUUGGAACCCAGGAGAAGAAAAUUCCAUAAGCCAAUAACAAUGACUAUUCCUGUCCCAAAAGCUUCUAGUGAUGUCAUGAUUAAUGGAUAUGGGGGUGAAACACCCACACUAAGACUACUGUGCAGUAUAACAGGUGGAACAACACCCGCUCAGUGGGAAGACAUUACAGGAACAACGCCAUUAACAUUUGUCAAUGAAUGUGUUUCCUUCACCACAAAUGUAUCUGCCAGGUUUUGGUUGAUAGACUGUAGACAGAUACAAGAAUCAGUUACAUUUGCUUCCCAAGUGUACAGAGAAAUUAUUUGUGUACCUUACAUGGCCAAAUUUGUAGUGUUUGCCAAAUCUCAUGAUCCCAUAGAAGCACGAUUAAGAUGUUUCUGCAUGACAGAUGAUAAGGUGGAUAAAACACUAGAACAACAAGAAAACUUUUCUGAAGUUGCUCGAAGCAGAGAUGUAGAGGUGCUAGAAGGAAAGCCCAUCUAUGUGGACUGCUUUGGAAAUCUAGUACCAUUAACAAAGAGUGGCCAACAUCACAUAUUCAGUUUUUAUGCCUUCAAAGAAAAUAGGCUUCCGUUGUUUGUCAAGGUUCGGGACACAACGCAAGAACCCUGUGGACGCCUUUCAUUUAUGAAAGAGCCUAAAUCUUCAAGAGGCCUAGUGCAUCAAGCUAUCUGCAAUCUGAAUAUCACGUUACCAGUUUACACAAAGGAAUCAGAAUCAGAUCAAGAACAGGAAGAAGAGAUUGAUACAACAUCAGAAAAACAUGAUGAUGAAACAGAAUCAACUGAAACAUCGAUCCUGAAAAGUCAUCUUGUCAAUGAAGUCCCUGUCCUAGCCAGUCCAGAUUUGCUUUCUGAAGUCUCUGAGAUGAAACAAGACUUGAUCAAAAUGACUGCCAUCUUGACAACAGACGCUUCUGAAAAGUCAGGUUCCAUUAAGGUGAAAGAUAUUGUGAAAGCUGCUGAUGAAGAACCAGGAGAACCUUUUGAAAUAGUGGAAAGAGUUAAAGAGGACUUAGAAAAAGUCAAUGAAAUUCUGAGAAGUGGAAGCUGCCCUAAAGAACAGCCAACUGUUAAGAGAACCAGUUCUGGAACACAGCUGAUAGAGGACGAAUGGGUUGUUGUAAGUGAUGAAGAAAUUGAAGAGGCCAAACAGAAUGCUCCUUUGGAAGCCAUAGAGCCUACCUGUGUCGAAAUCAGAAUAGGUGAAGGAAAAACAGAGAAAGAAAAGAAAGAUAUGUCAGGGAUGGUAGAUUAUCUCAGCGAGGAUCUCAGUGCAUAUGCGUCACUUAACAAAGUACAGCCACAGACUUUUCAAAAAGAUGUAGUAGCUGAGAAAUUUGAAGCAGUUGUUGUAAACAGAGCUUCUGACAAAGCUGGGCAAGGUUCUACAGCUGUUGAGAGCCAAAAGAAACUCGAUCAGUGCAAACCUACCUUGGAAAUUAAAAAACCAGUUAGAAAGAAAUUAAAAGAAAAACAAAAGCCAAAGGACAAGGAGGCUCAAGGAAAAGAAGCACCUUCAGGGGUAGCAAAGUUUAGCUCUGAGGAGUCUUUAGAUGAAGAUCAAGGGCUAGCCCCUGCAGAGCCUUCCAAAGUAAAUGCUGUGUCUCCUGUAAUAGAAGAAACUCCCAUUGGCUCGAUAAAAGAUAAAGUAAAAGCUCUUCAGAAGCGAGUAGAGGAUGAGCAGAAGGGACGUUCAAAAUUACCUGUCAGGCUCCCAGGAAAAGAUGGGGCAUCUGAAAAGCCUGUUACAAAGCCAUCACAAGUUAAAAAAACUGUUUACAAAACAAAGCUCCCAGCAUCUCCUGCUGCCUCAAAAUCACCAGCUUCUCCUGCUGCCUCAAGAUCACCAGCUUCUCCUGCUGCCUCAAAAUUACCAGCAUCUCCUGCUGCCUCAAAAUCACCAGCGUCUCCUGCUGCCUCAAGACUACCAUCUUCUACUGCCUCAAAAUCACCAUCUUCUCCCUCUGCCUCAAAAUCACCAUCUUCUCCCUCUGCCUCGAAACUUUCCUCUUCCCCAGCUGCCAAGAAAGCUGUUUCACCCACAGCUAAGAAGCCACCUUCGCCCACCUCUAAGAAACCACCUGUUUCUCCCACAGCCAAGAAGCCUCCAUUGUCACCAUCUUCCAAAACAGAAAGACUUGAAGAAACUAUGUCUGUUCGUGAACUGAUGAAAGCCUUCCAGUCAGGCCAAGAUCCAUCAAAGCAUAAAGCUGGACUUUUUGAGCAUAAGUCUAUAAAGCAGAAACAGCAGACCUCUGACAAAGAGCCAGCAAAGAAAGGGGUCACUCAGGUAGAAAGUGAAAAAAAACAGGCAUUGACACAAAAAGAGGCAUCCAGAAAAGAGAGUCCCAAGAGCAAAAAAAGCCAGGAACCUCAGGCAGAGGUAGGUUUACAAUCUAAAAAGGAGGCACAGGGUAUUCCUGCCAUAACUUUGAAAGAAGAUUCAGCCACAGAACAAGCAAAAGAGCAGAGUGAGAAGGCUGGCAAAAAACUUUCUGCAGAAGUCGUAGGUGAUGAUCAAAGUACUAACGAUGUGACCCUGACAUUUGAUGACCAUGGGGAUACUGAACUCCAGAUCAGCCCUGACAGAAAGACUUCAACAGAUUUUUCUGCUGUCAUAAAGGAAGAACUUGAGGACAAUGACAAAUAUCAACAGUUCCGGCAUAUUUCAAUUACUGAGGAAGGUGAGCUUCACUUAGAUCAAGUACUGACCAGUCCAUUCAAUGUUACAUUUCCAUCAGAAUAUGUGAAAGAUGGGUUUUUGCCCACCCUCUCCUUGCAAAGUGGUGCUUUGGAUGGCAGCUCAGAGAGCCUUAAGCAUGAAGGCAUAGCAGAUUCUCCAAUUGGUAGCCUGCUUGAUGGAACCCCACAGAUCAGCUCUGAGGAAAGUUAUAAGCAUGAGGGCCUGGCAGAAACUCCAGAAACAAGCCCUGAGAGCCUCUCUUUCUCACCAAAGAAAGCAAAAACUAUUGAUCAGUUGGAAGAAACAGAACUAGCCAGUGCAGUGCAGAAAACAGCAGAACCAUAUUCACCAAAGGAAUGUUCUCCAACAAAAGUUGAAAGGACAAUUUCUGACAAAGGCCUAAAAGAUAUCACAGAGACUGUAGAGUCUGAUUGCCAUCAUUUGUCAAAAGAGUUACAAAUUACAGCUUCCAAGAAAGAGACAGACACAUGUACAGGUUCUAGCUCAACUUCUGUUAGUAAGCAUACUGUCAGGGAUGAGGUAUCUAUGCCCAUUGUGCAAGGACAUUUAACUAAGUUGAAUGAAAUGCAUGACACUUCUUUAGUGAAAGAGAAGGAUUCAGACAGUGUACACCAAACUCUUAGUAAAGGACUGGAACUUUUGCUUUCUAGCCAUGAGUGUGAAGGUCUUAGCCCAGUUGCUGAUGAAUCCAUAGCUGUAAGCCAUAAAGAUUCAUUGGAAGCAAGCCCAGUGUUGGAAGAUAAUUCAUCACGCAAAACACCUGAUUCCCUUGAACCUAGUCCUACCAAGGAAUCUCCCUGUCGUGAUUCUUUGGAAAGCAGUCCUGUAGAACAGAAGUCAAAGAUUGGAAUUCUUCCAGGACCUGGUCCCAUUCAGAGUGCCCCUGCCAAAGCAGAAAACUUCUCUGAGCUGGCACCUGUGCGAUCCAGGCUUUUACGAGACCCUGAUGGAAGUGCUGAAGAUGACAGCUUGGAACAAACAUCGCUAAUGGAGAGCUCAGGCAAAAGUCCUCUUUCACCAGAGACUCCUAGCUCUGAGGAAAUUAGUUAUGAAAUCACUCCCAAAUUAGCAGAUUCUCAGGCGCUGUCAAAUAUAUCCAAAUCAGCUGUGAUCCCUGAAGUCAAUGAAGAACCAGAUGAUGAUUCAGAAGGGGAGCCAAAGAAAAGGUUUACACCAGAAGAAGAGAUGUUCAAAAUGGUGACCAAAAUUAAAAUGUUUGAUGAGCUGGAACAGGAAGAAAAGCAGAAGAGAGACUAUAAGAAGGAUGAUACUGUUUCAGCUUCUGAUCUGGAAAUCACUUCUGAAGCUGAAAUUGCACCUCCAACCACUGACAAAUAUGAUGAUGUUCCUGCCAUAGUGACUUCGGCAGCUGAAUCUAGAAAGACUUCUUCCUCUUCAGAGAGUGAGCCAGAACUAACAAAACUAAAAAAAGAAGCUGACUCUGGGCUUUUAAUGGACCCUGUAAUUCGAGUACAGCCCCCAUCACCUCAUCUUUGCAAUGUGGAUUCCAGUUCCAGUCCUGAAGAAACAGAGUUUCAGCCCAUUGAGCCCAAACAGCAGGCUUUCAUUACUGAGGAGGAGAACACAGAAUCAGAUAAACCCACAGAGGAGGCAAAAAUGUCUGGUGAUACCUCUCUUGCCUCUGAUGCUAGCAUUAUUGCACAAGCUAGUGAAUCGAAGUGCUACAGCACAGAUGAAAGUGAUACAGUUAGCCCAAAUGGCCCUGUGAUGCACCCCGAGGAGGUUUUCUACCACUCUGUUGGUGAUGAUGCCCAGAAAGUAACUGAUCUGAAUCAGAUCUCAGAGGCAUCAUACCAUCAGCAUGAUUCGGAAGACGAUGCAGCAGCUGAGAGGGUACCACACCAAGACCUCACUGAUACAAGAUGUACAGAGAGUUCUUGUGUUCUUGGUACAUCUCAUUGCUGCACAUCCAAAAGUGAUGAAUUGGCUACUGAUGUUUCACCAAUACACUCCCCCUCAGAAAGAAAUAUGGUUAGAACUGACAUAGGUUUUGAUAUGGCACAAAGGGAUUCUUGUAGCACAGAGCACUUCCUGGAAUAUUCAUCUCUGACCACCCAAAAGGGUGAAUGUUGCAGUUAUGCUGAAGAUGUUGAUGAAGGUAGUGCUCUGACUAUAACAAGCCCUUAUGAAAAUGUUCCCUCCCAACAUUUUUUUACUAGCACUGAAAUAAGUACAGGAAUUGAUUCAAGGAUGAUACGAGACCAUUUGUCUGGGAAUGAUUGUUCUGCUGAACUAAAAACUACCUUCACAGAUGAAAGAAGAGUAACAAGCUCUCUUUAUAGACCAGCAUCAGCAGGUUCUGAGAGUUACACUUCAGAAGAUGUCUAUAUGGAGAUUGAAUCUAAACAUAUGGAUGUCUUCCAAAAACAAUCAACUCCAAUGCCUUCAACAAUAGACCCUGCAUCUCUUGAUGAAGCUGUUUUACAAGAUAUCAGGGAUGAAGCUGAGAAGAUAAUCAGCCAAGUAAUCAUAACCAGGACAGAUGUGGAUUCGGAUAAGUGGAGUGAAAUACGUGAAGAUGAUGAUGCUUUUGAGGCUCGAGUGAAAGAAGAAGAACAGAAAAUAUUUGGCUUAAUAGUAGACCGAAGAUCACAAGGCACCACACCAGAUACUACACCUGCCAGGACUCCUACAGAAGAAGGGACACCUACCAGUGAACAAAAUCCCUUUCUUUUCCAGGAAGGUAAAUUAUUUGAAAUGACAAGGAGUGGUGCUAUUGACAUGACCAAGAGGAAUUAUUCUGAUGAAAACUUGCACUUUUUCCAAAUGAGUCAGCAGUCUCAGGAAGAGGUGUCAUUAUCUGAAGAAAUGAGAGAAGCUGAAGGCCUGGAAUCUCUCCGGUCAGAAUUAUCCCCAGUGCCAUCUGCAUCUUCUGAACUUGAAGAAGCUGAUACCCUGAUAAAAAGUUCACUCAUACCUACAGUGGAAGAUGACUCCUCCGUUUCUUAUAGCACAAAGGGGGAUAUUAAAUCUAGAAUUCCUAUUAAAAUGGGUAUCUCUGCCUCUUCAAAGUCACCAAAGAAAGAAACUGCUGCCUCUCGUGCUGACUUCCCCGGAGUUGAGAAUGAUGAAAUGUUUGACAGCUCUCAGGUGCCUUUUCCUGUCUCUCCUGAGCAGACUGUGAUUGAUGUACAGUUAGAUUUUUCCACAGUCACACGGUCUGUAUAUUCUGAACAGGAAGAUGAUUCUCCAGACUCCUCCCCAGAGGAGCAGAAAUCUGUCAUUGAAAUCCCUACGGCUGUCAUGGAAAGUGUGCCUCCUUCUGAAGGCAAAUCCAAAAUCCCUAUAAGGACAACUCACCAUUCAGAAGUUGAUUACCUCCCUUCAGAUGACUUUGUGAGCAACUUAGAAGAAUCACAGGGUGAUGAAUCCAAACCAAAGUCAAAAAUUCCAGUCAAAGGAAUUUUCCAAAGAAUAGAGCAAGAAUGUAUGUACUCAGAGACAUCAGUCUGGGAUCCAGAGUCACCUAAAGCUCAUGACAUAACAUACAAACAUCCUAUGAAACAAGACAGCAGAAGCAAAUCUGAAUCAGAUACAAGUGCCUCCAUGGACUCAAAAGCUAAGUGUUCAGUCAAAGCUAGAAGCUAUGCUGAGGCAGAAGCAGAAACCAGAGAGAGGGUGGGUGAGAUGAAGCUUGAGCUAGAAUCAGACGAGCUGAUGACUGCCCAACCAAAGAUAUUUUCUUCGCGAUUGCCUAUUAAGAGCAGAAGCACCUCAGCUUCCCGCAGUGGUCUUAGUCCCUCAAAAGAAAGUAAGGAACAUUUUUUUGAACUUUACAAAAACUCCAUAGAAUUCUUUGAAGAGAUUAGUGAUGAAGCUUCCAAGUUAGUGGAUAGACUUAUACAGUCAGAGAGAGAACAAGAAUUAGUUUCAGAUGAUGAAAGUAGUAGCGCCCUAGAAGUUUCGGUUAUUGAAAAUGUGCCAUUCAUUGAGACCCAGCAGUCAGUUGCCGAGGACAUCUUUGACACCAGGCCCAUUUGGGACGAGUCCAUUGAGACUCAGAUUGAGCGUAUUCCUGAUGAAAAUGUCCCUGAUCAUGUUGAAGAUCAACAAGAUGAUCAAGAAAGAACAGAAGAAAGACUAGCACAUAUUGCUGAUCAUCUUGGAUUCAGCUGGACAGAGUUAGCAAGAGAACUGGAUUUCACAGAAGAACAAAUUCAUCAGAUCCGAAUUGAGAACCCUAACUCACUGCAGGACCAGAGUCAUGCACUAUUGAAAUAUUGGUUGGAAAGGGAUGGGAAACACGCUACUGAUUCAAGUCUUACAGAAUGUCUUACAAAAAUUAACCGUAUGGAUAUAGUUCAUCUAAUGGAGAGUAAUGUGGAAACUUCCCGGGACCAUGGUCGCACCUAUGCAGAAAUUGAACAGACCAUAGGACUGGAUCACAGUGAAGGGUUUUCUGCACUCCAUGAAGAUCUGCACAGCACAACACAUCAAAAAGAAGAGGAACGUUCUCUUUCUAAAGAUAGCGAGCAGUCUGAUCAGCCUCCUCUUGUGUCUGAAGAAGACAUUUCUGUCAGCUAUUCAUCCUUGCAUGAAGGCACACCCAAGGCUGAGGCAGAAAUACCCGUUGCAGAACUCCUACGACAAGCACACAGAGAUCGCGUAGAAGCUGAAUUCUCAGGGAAACCUCAUGAGCUGCCAGAAGAUUCAUCCACUACACAGGAAUACUUUGUUACAACGUCAGGCCAGGAUCAUAUACAAGCACCAAAAGAUGGAAGAGCAGCAAGCGUUGCCAGUGAAAAGUCUGAGUGCUCUACUGCAGGGUCUGAGGACCAUGAAAGGCCAUACCUUCAUACCCCGACAUCUAGUGAGAGGACUGAUUCACCCAUAGUACAGGAACCGGAGGACCAUCACUUCCACCAAGAAGAUCCAUAUCCUAGAAAAACUAGUCUGGUGAUUGUGGAAUCAACUGAUGAACCCUCAGAAAGAUAUGAAGAGGAGUUAUUGGAAAAGGAGGUAGCAGAGGAAUUAGGUGAGCUGGAGGCCAGCUCAGAUGAGGAAGAAAUGGUAACAACCAGGGUCGUCCGCCGCCGGGUGAUUAUUCAGGCUGAUGUUAUGCCUGAAAUACCACCAGAAGCUGUAACAGAAGAGCAGUAUACAGAUGAACAUGGUCAUAUUGUAGUGAAAAAGGUCACUAGGAAAAUCAUAAGACGAUUCGUUUUACCAGAUGGCACAGAAAAGGAAGAAGUUGUCAUGCAAGGAGCACCCCAGGAGCCUGUAAUAGUGGAAGAGGGAGACGAAUACUCCAAAGUCAUAAAACGGGUUGUGCUAAAGAGUGACAGUGAGCAAUCUGAGGUGACUUUUUCUGAGCCAAGUGUUCUGUCUAGCACCUCAGAAUUUCAGUCUGAGCCAGUGGAAGACCGGAAAGUCAGCAAAGUUGUGAAGACCACAUUAGUGCACGGAGAAAGACUGGAGAAGCACCAUGGAGACUCUAGCUUAGCUGCUGAUCUUCCCUCAGCCAAAGAUGACUUUGAAGCGGCCCUGACUUAUACAGGUAACAAAAUGGAAAUUGAAGUUCCUCCAUUAGUAGAGAAUGAGGUCACAAAAGAGGAUGGCUCAGUUAUUAAAAGGACAACAAUGAGUAAAGUCAGUACGCAGAAGAGGACUGUGGUUAAGGACCAGUUUGGUAAACAUGUUCAUGUGGAAGUGCUGGAGGAUGUACCAGAAGCACUACCCCGGGAUGACCUUCAGCAUGACCUUCAGCAACUGCUGAGACAUUUCUGCAAAGAUGAGUGGAAGCAAGAGGCCAAAUGAGAUGCUGCUAAGUCUCACCUGCAGACCAACACACAUAUCCAUUCAAUAUUCACUGUCCACUUCCUUCUUCCACUGCAGCCGUCAUAAAAAUGAAAUCACCAGGGGACACUGACAUUUCUACUUAGGGCAUAUAUAGUUGAAUAGAUUUUUUUCUUUUUUUCAUUUUUUAAAAUAUCUGUAAGCUAAUUUGUGACCAAAGAUAGCAUCCUUUGUUAGGGAUGGUUUGUCUACUAAAAGUCGUCGACUUUGUGCUGUACUGGAAACUUGUCAUCCUGCCAUCUUUGCUGUCCUUUGCUUCUGCAUCAGAUUCAUAAACGCUUCUUCCACAGGCCUCUUCAACUGACAAUGUACAUGAUUUUUUUUUAAAAAAGGGAUAGUAACAUUACUCUGUAAAUAGCUAAAGUGCUUGGACUGGUGAGACUGAAAGAAAACACUGCCUAUCAUGACUACUUUUAGCAGCGUGGAUUGCAAGGUCUGUUGAAACUGCUGAAGAAAAAUUGAUAUAUUAUUGCUAACACAAUCCACUGAAUACAGGACAUGGACCUACCGAGAAGGAAGCAUGUCAGGCCUCCUGUAUCUCUAUGACUUCCAACAACGAUCUACCAUAGUUUAAAAGUUUCUAAGAGUCAGGCUGAAAUCUGCAAUUCUAGCUGUUCCCAUUAAAGAUGGCUGGUCUGUGGCCAUCACUCCCUUUCUGAUUCCUGGAAAGCCACCUAAGAUUUCCUGAAGGAAAAUAAAUACCCAGUUAGAUAUAACUUGCUAGCAGCUAUAUCUGUGGCACAUUUUGCAUACUGUAUUCAAAUAUUUUAGAAUGGGAUUAUGAGGCAGGGUGUAUUAAACACUUCUAACUACUGUAGUUUCCUUUCUUCAUCACUGCUUUAGCAAACCACACUGUCUUACUGGUGGUACUUUCUGCUGGCCACUGCACUGUAGAUAACUUCAAAGGGGAACAAAACCCUCACCCACUUGUUGAGAAAGGUUACUUUAAAUUUACCACAUUCUAUCAAGACUGCCUCUUACCUGGUACGUGCAUGUGGCAUUGAAAAAUAGAUACACAUCCCUCUUGUAACCCUGUCCACAGCUACUCAUCCCUCUUAGCACUGAGCAAGCAGAUUUUAUCCUUCCAUUUUGAGAGGUUUGAGGUGUGGGGUUCUUUCCGCCCUUUCCAUUAAAGAAUAUGAAUCCAUUGGGCAUUUGACAUUUGUUGCUCUUUUUAUUUAUGUUUCUGAACUUUCAAGAAUCACCAUGUAAAUGUCUGCACUUUGAUUUUCCAAGAAGGGUAUCUGCGAUUCUGGAAUGAUUCUGUGGUCUGUUCCUAAUUCUAAUAGUGGUUGAAGCUCUGUAGCAUUUUAACAUUAUAUAUGUAAUUAUAUAUAUAUAUUAUAUAUAUAUACAUAUAAAAACAAUAUACAUUUUGAGUCAGUUAUUUGAUAAAGACAAAGUAUAUUCAACAAAGAUGAGUCAAGUCCUCCAGGGUGGAUAUUUUUCAAAACCUGGCCAGUCUUUCCUUUUUGCAAAAAUAAAAUUCACUCAGUGCUCAGAACACUGAACAUAAAUGGCAACCUCCUCAUUAAAAUAACUUAUGCCAACAGAUAAAAGGAACAUUCUAGGCGGUUUGGUUUCCUACUCAGAAAGCUGCCCAAAGUGCCAUGCUAAUUUUUCCUUCUUUUUGUUUGGCUGGCAAGCAGGAGGCAACCCUUGCAACUGCCAAAGGGGAAGGAGACUCGUUUCAGGACACACAAUAGCUCAUUUCUCAUUGUCAAGAACAUCACUGGUUGACCUUCAAGAACGGGGCUCUAAAAAGAAACGCAUUUCUGUUGUGUUAUUUGCAGUGCAGAUGAUGUUCUGUGUAACAGCAUAAUGGCUAUUCUCCUUUUUCAGUUUUGAUUUUCUUUUUGCCGUGUUAUCAGAGAAUACUGUGAGAAGAAGUGAUUUUAAGUUGAUGAAUCAGCAUCUUGUUCCCAUGGUGAUAACACUAACUGAAUAUAUCUAUGAGGGCAUGUAUUAGUUAAAAGAUUUUAAAAAAACAAAAACAAACCAAGAACACUAACAAUACAUAGCUGCAAUGUGUACAAUGGCUGAUUUAAUUAAAUAAAAAUGUACAAGUGUUAAAUGUAA